CAAAGGCUUGGUACUAAGUUGUUGAUGUAUCUAACGUAUACUGUGGAACUGUUUAGAUCAACUGUUUCCCUAUUAUCUUUUCUUAGGGGAAGGGGAAGACCUAAUACUGACAUUCCAUAUUCUUGAUAAUUACCUUUGGACUCGUAUGUCACAUCACUUCUGUUCCUCAAUAAUCAUUCAUCUUCUAGGCCAUCACAUGGAUAUUCAAAAAUGUAGUUGAGUCCAACACCAAUAGCACUAGCGUAGAAGAAUGGUAGUUUGUUCAUAUCUCACGUUUAGUUGGGGCCUAGUUGUUGUUGUUUGACUCGCUUCUGUGUUGAGCAAAGAAAUCUGCUUUCCUGCUUUUUACUCUGGUCAUUAGUUUUAAAGCCAACUCAUUAUAAAGACUUCACUUCGUGAGUUCUUUGGACAAUGACAUUCGUUAAUCUAUUGUUGAGGAACUCAGGCAGAACUAAUUUCGUCCGAUUUUCUCCUAUAAGCCGUUCGGUAGCGCUCAGUAAAUUUGAAGAUAAGACUUUGGAUUAUCAUAAACUAGAACACACUCUGGAUGUAGUAAAGAAACGACUUGCACGCCCUCUAACUCUAGCUGAAAAAGUGCUGUAUUCUCAUCUUGAUGAUCCAAAGAAUUCAACCAUUGAAAGAGGUAAAAGUUAUCUCAUGCUUCGACCGGAUCGUGUUGCAAUGCAAGACGCCACAGCCCAAAUGGCACUACUACAAUUUAUCAGUAGUGGUCUUCCACGUGUUGCUGUACCUUCAACGGUCCAUUGUGAUCAUCUUAUUGAAGCUAAAGAUGGUGCUGCCUCAGACCUCUAUCGAGCUAAUGAUUCUAAUAAGGAAGUGUAUGACUUUCUUGCAUCCGCAUCAGCCAAAUAUGGAAUCGGAUUCUGGAAGCCUGGCUCAGGAAUAAUUCAUCAGAUUGUGUUAGAAAACUAUGCUUUUCCUGGUGCAUUAAUUAUUGGGACUGAUAGUCAUACACCUAAUGGUGGUGGACUUGGUGGUCUGUGUAUUGGCGUAGGCGGUGCAGAUGCUGUAGAUGUAAUGGCUAACUUGCCUUGGGAACUGAAAGCACCAUUGGUAAUUGGUGUUCAUUUGACUGGAAAACUAUCUGGUUGGACAAGUGCGAAAGAUAUUAUUUUGAAGGUAGCUGAAAUUCUUACAGUCAAAGGUGGAACUGGAGCUAUUGUAGAAUAUUACGGCCCUGGUGUUGAAUCAAUCUCGUGCACGGGUAUGGCUACGAUUUGUAAUAUGGGUGCUGAAAUCGGUGCUACAACUUCAAUUUUCCCUUUUAACGAUCGUAUGUUGGACUAUUUACGUGCUACAAAUAGAGCAGAUAUUGGUGAUUUAGCGUCAAAGCAUAAGGCUUCUUUGCUUACACCAGAUAUAAACUGCAAAUAUGAUAAAGUUAUUGAGAUAAAUCUAGAUACCUUGGAGCCACAUGUAAAUGGACCAUUUACCCCUGAUCUAGCCCAUCCAAUUUCACAGUUGUCCAGUCGUUUAGCUAAAGAAGGCUGGCCACAGAAUAUCAGUGCAAGUCUUAUUGGUUCGUGCACAAAUUCAUCUUAUGAAGAUAUGGCACGUGCUGCCAGUUUGGCACGUCAAGCGUUAGAGAAAGGUGUUAAAGUAAAAUCACAAUUCUUCAUAACACCUGGUAGUGAACAGAUAAGAGCAACUAUUGAACGUGAUGGUAUAACUCAAGUUUUUCAAUCCAUCGGCGGUGUAGUAUUGGCUAAUGCAUGUGGUCCAUGUAUUGGUCAGUGGUCUAGAAAAGAUACAAAAAAAGGUGAUAAGAAUACAAUUGUCUCAUCUUACAAUCGUAAUUUCACUGGUCGUAAUGAUGCAAAUCCAGCUACGCAUGCUUUUGUUACAUCCCCUGAAAUGGUAACAGCUUUAGCACUGGGUGGAAGUUUAUCAUUUAAUCCUUUGAAGGAUGAAUUAGUUGCAGCUGAUGGUUCAAAAUUUAAGCUUAAACCACCGACAGGUGAUACAUUGCCUAAGAAAGGCUUUGAUCCCGGGCAAGACACCUACCAACAACCACCAACAGAUACUUCUCAAAUCAUGGUGAAAGUUGAUCCAUCAAGUCAACGAUUACAACUUCUUACUCCAUUCAACAAAUGGGAUGGUAAAGAUUUAUUAAAUAUGCCGAUAUUGAUUAAAAUCAAGGGAAAAUGUACAACUGAUCAUAUUUCAGCUGCUGGUCAAUGGUUAAAAUAUAGAGGUCACUUGGAUAAUAUAUCAAAUAACUUAUUUAUUGGAGCUGUUAACGAAGAGAAUGGUGAAAUAAAUAAAGUUCUACAUCGUACUUCCGGUCAAUGGGAUGCUGUUCCAGCUGUAGCUAGAAAAUAUAAAGCUGAUGGUAUAUACUGGUGUGUUGUUGGUGAUGAGAACUAUGGUGAAGGAAGUAGUCGAGAACAUGCCGCAUUAGAACCUAGACAUUUGGGUGGUCGUGCAAUUAUUGUGAAAAGCUUUGCACGUAUACAUGAAACAAAUUUAAAGAAGCAAGGCAUGCUUCCGCUUACCUUUGCCAAUCCAUCAGAUUACAAUAAAAUUAAGCCAUCGGAUAAAAUUUCGUUAUUGGAUUUGAAAGGCCUCCAACCGGGUAAACCUGUUCGUUGUGUUCUGCACCAUGAAGAUGGGAAAACUGAAGAGAUUCAACUGUCGCAUACCUUCAAUGAGAAUCAACUAGAAUGGUUUAAGGCUGGAAGUGCUCUUAAUCGAAUGCGUGAACUAGGCAAUCAGUAAGAUUAAAAUAGUCAAGGAAAGGCAAUAAAUAACUUCAUAUAUUUAUAUAUGGAUAUAUAAUGGAUAAGACCUUAUCUAGUAGGAUAUCUCUUUUAUGUUGUAGAAAGUUUUGCAUAUGUGUAUCCUUCAUUGUCGUCUCCUUUCUUUCUUACAAACUCUAAAACUGCCAACAAUUAUAUAUGGUUUCUAUUUCUUCCUUGUUUAGCAUUUUCAUUUCGCCAACAUCAUCAUCUCCAUUUUGGAGGUAGACGUGUCUCCUUGCUGUAUUCUGAUCAAUUAGUUUAUUGUUGACUUUUUUGUCUCUUUCGUCAUUCUGCUGGCUAGUCUGGCUACUUGACUUCGUUUACCACCUUUAUAUUUCUCCUAAAGUUUUUAUAAUUUCUUGUCAUUCAAAAUAUGUGAAAAUAGUCUAGUCUAUAAUUAGAGUGAAUUUUUCACAAUAAAAUGUUGAUAGAAUUUAUUUUUCAGAAGUUUUUCUUCCCUCUUCAUUCAUUCAACAGCUGUUUUGUUUUAUCAGUAAUGUUUUAUGUUAUAUAAAAGUGUUAGAGCCUUUGUCAGUAUCCACAUACUUUUCCUGUAAUGUGGUUUUAUCCUUAAGAUUAAAUUAAUUUUCUGAUAGAUUGGUUAUUCAUUUCAUAUAUGGUAGACUUACUAAUCUCGAAUUUCAGUACAAUUCAGGUUUAAUCGUUCCCUUUCUAAUUUGCUCGUCACCAUCUCUUUACUUGAAGUUUUUUUAUUGAAAUGCACAUAAUUCAGUAGAUCACUUGUACGUUCAUUCAAUAGACAAUCUGUUACCUCAAAUGUCUCGUUGAUUAAAAAUUCCCCAUUGUCAAAAUUAGAACAAGAUGUGUAUAAGCG